AUGGCAGCGGCAUCUUCUGCGGCGCCGGCGCGGCACAGCUGCGCGAAGCUCCAUCACGGCUUUAGACUCCAGCGCCCCAUGACCUCAUGCUCCAGCACCGCCACCUACGAGCACCAUGUCGACAGCAUGCUCCGUUCCUCCGUCGUGGCUGUUCCCGGCGGAGCUGCCUUCAGGGCGCAGUGCUACAGCGUGGUGUCGCCGUUGCGGAGGAGGGAGAGGAUGCGGCCGAGGAACCCGACGGCGAGGAGACGGUCCGUGGUGGAAUGCUGUUGGAAAAGCUCUGAUCUCUGCGCCAGUGUUCCUGGCCAUCGUGGCCUUGCAGGCCACCUGCUCGACGUAAUGCCGCCGAAGACCACGAAGCGCUGGGUGCCGGUCAACCGGAACGCCGGAGCGUCCCGCGGGCGCGACGGAGGCGGCCCCGACGCCAACCGCCUCAGCGCGCUCCCGGUCGCGCCCCCGCCCCUGCACCAGCGCCUGGUGCCUGCGACGAUCACCAUGCGGUACCAGCGCUGGGUGCCCGCGACGAGCACCAUGCGGUGGGUGCCGGUCAACCGGGCUGGGGGAGCGUCAUCCUCACGUGGGCGCGAGGGAGGCGACCCUGACGCCGAUCGCCUCAGCGCGCUCCCGGACGCGCUACUGCUGCACCACAUCAUGUCCUUCCUCAAGGCGUGGGAGGUGGUGCGGACCUGCGUGCUGUCGCGGCGGUGGCACCACCUGUGGGCAUCCGUGCCCUGCGUCGAUCUCCGCGUCGGCCAGGAUGACUACGACGGGGUACCUGAGGACUUUCCUGACUUCGUGCGCCGCCUGUUCCGUCGCCGUGAUGAGAAGGCGGCCCUGGACACGCUCCGUCUGUGGUGGAGCAAUGUUGAUGGUGCACAUGAUGAAGAUGAUGCCAGGUUGUGGAUCCGUACUGCGAUCAAGCGUGGUGCUCGAGUAAUUCAUCUUGUAGGGCACCCCAAGGGGGCUUGGCUUUGUGGCGGCUGCCUUGCGACGCUUGAGCAUUCAUCUUUUGUCUCGUGCCCCCUCAAGAUCUUGAAGCUAUCCUAUGCCCUGCUGGAUGACAGCAUCCUCAGGCUGCUUUCAUGUCAUUGCCCGGCUUUGGAAGAACUGGAUCUUAAAGAUUGCGUGAUUACUGGUCAUGAGAUUUCGUCUGCAUCUCUCAAGAUUUUGACCAUGUUCAAGUGCCAGAACAAUGCCAACCUAUCUAUUGCUGCUCUGAACCUUGUACUGCUGCGCUGCAUCUCACCAAUAACCCAAGCUCCAUCAUUUCAGAACAUGGGGUCUCUUGUUGCAGGCACCGUCAUACUUGAUGGUUAUGCCUUCAGCGACGAUUUUGAAGACUUCAGCAAGGAUGAACUUGCUGAAACCACUGAUGAAGAUGAUGACAAUCAGAAGUACAAGACUGGGUGCCCCUCUAGAAGGAUUUGCACGUGGUUACAAAACUUAAACUCCAGGAAGCCACUGGUAAGCGGUGUCAAACCAAAGGGAAGAUCAUUUGCUUGCAAGCAUCUUCGAAAGGUGAAGAUCAAAUGCUCUAAGGAUGACGUGAGAGUCCAUAAGCUGGCACACUUGUUCAGGGCUAAUGGUGUACCAGAUGAGAACAUUUUCGUCCGUAGGACAGGGAGCACCUAUCUCCGUGGUGAGAAGAUUAUGAGAGAUCUUGCUAGGCACGAGCUGGAGUUCUGGGGGGUUUAA